GAGCUUUAUCAUCUUUACUGCUUUGGCGAAUGUGUGAAAACAACCAGACCCAAGUUGUUGAGUUUCUGCUCCUGGGAUUUCAUGAUCUAUAUGAGUUCAAAGCUCUACUCUUUAUAAUGUUCCUCAUAAUUUACUUUAUGAUAAUAAAUGGAAAUGUUCUCAUAAUAUUUUUAGUAUCAGUUAAAGAACAACUAAAUAUUCCCAUGUUCUUUUUUAUCAAACACAUAGCUGUAAAUGAUAUUCUUCUAACCACCACUGUUGUUCCAAAAAUGCUUGAAAUCAUAAUAAAAGAUAAAGUGAAAGUAUCAAAAAUGAACUGUAUGAUACAAUUUUACAUAUUUGGGGUUUCAGGACUUGUACAAUGCUUUCUCCUUGCAGUCAUGUCAUAUGAUCGAUAUCUUGCCAUCUGCAAUCCCUUGCGUUAUUCAGCCAUCAUGUGUACAAGGCUGUGUCUCCAGUUAGUCACUGGAUCAUGGUUAGUAGUUUCCAUUUUUAUAUCAAGUGAAUUAACUUUGAUGUGUGAAUUACAAUUUUGUGAUCACAAUUCUAUCAACCAUUUCUACUGUGACUUUAUCCCUCUAUUAGAAUUGUCUUCUUCAGAUACCUCUCUAUUGCAAACAUUAGAUUUUGCCAGCUCUUUUUUUACUCUGUUCUCCCCAUUUAUAUAUAUUAUCAUAACUUAUGUAUUUAUUUCCAUCACCAUCCUAAACAUUUCUACAUCCACUGGAAGGAUGAAGGCUUUCUCUACCUGCAGCUCACAUCUGACUAUUGUAUGCACAUUUUACGGAACUCUCAUUGCAGUUUACAUGGUACCAUCUGAUGGAAAUAUCAACAAGUUCAGAUCUUUGUUGUAUAUUGUGAUAACACCAUUAAUGAAUCCACUUAUAUACAGCCUUAGGAAUGUUGAAAUCAGAGGAGCUCUGAAAAAUAUAAUAAAAAAGAACAGGAGGAAAAUUAAUUUACAUAUACAUUUCUGA